GUCUCCACGUCGUCGCUAAAUCGUUGAUUUGUAUGGGAACCGGGACUAAGGAAGGACAUCCUGACUUAAUGUAGCCGCUGUGAUUUGGGGACACAAGGGGCCCGUGUUUUGUGUUUUUUUUUUUUUUUUACAGAUAGACAGCAGUUGUUAUUUUGUUAUUUUCUUAUCCAUCUCUGGGAGGAUUCAGGGGGCUUCUCCAGAAGGAGGUGGACUCUCCUCUCAGCCAUCUUGCCUGCUGCUCGCCGCCCUAAAGGCUGCUUUCUCUCCUCCUUCCCCUCAGCUGAAAGUAAACACGGCUUGCACAUUGCUUGCAACUCUGUGCAAGAUCCUGAGAGAAGUGAGAUGGGUUCGCUGUGCGACAUCUGAGCGAAGCGGAGAGGAAGGCAGAGGAUUUAUUUCUGUUUGGAUCCAGAGCAGAAGAGGGGGGACACGACGCGCCGGAGCGAUGGACCUGUUUGGGAUUUACCUGCUUCUGUCUCUCGCUCUUUUACCCCGAUCCAGCUGCACCACAGCCAAGGAGAUCACCUGCCAGGAGAUCGCCGUGCCGCUGUGUAAGGGGAUCGGCUAUAACUACACCUACAUGCCCAACCAGUUCAAUCACGACACGCAGGACGAGGCGGGACUAGAGGUGCACCAGUUCUGGCCUCUGGUUGAGAUCCAGUGUUCCCCGGACCUGAAGUUCUUCCUGUGCAGCAUGUACACCCCGAUCUGCCUGGAAGACUAUAAGAAACCUCUCCCGCCGUGCCGGAGCGUGUGUGAGCGAGCCCGGGCCGGCUGUGCGCCUCUAAUGAGGCAGUACGGCUUCCCCUGGCCGGACAGGAUGAAGUGUGACCUGCUGCCGGUGCAGGGGAACCCGGACACCCUCUGUAUGGACUACAACAGGACUGACUCCACCACAGUGUCCCCUGUCCUCUCCAAACCCACCAACCAUCCCGGAAAGGGUUACAAUCCUCCUAAAAAUAAGCCGAGCCGCCCCGGCGCGCCUGGGAAAUACAAGCCGCCUGGAGCGCCGUGUGAGCUGGGCUGCAAGUGUCUGGAGCCUAUGGUGCCGGUGAACACGGACCGACACCCGCUCUACAACCGCGUCAAGACGGGUCAGAUCUCAAACUGUGCUAUGCCGUGCCACAACCCUUACUUUACGCACGAUGAGCGGGCUUUCACCGCCUUCUGGAUCGGACUUUGGUCUGUGUUGUGCUUCGUGUCAACUUUUGCCACUGUUGCCACUUUUCUCAUAGAUAUGGAGCGCUUUAAGUACCCAGAGAGACCCAUCAUCUUCCUCUCUGCCUGCUACAUGUUCGUGUCCAUCGGUUACAUCGUCAGACUGAUAGCGGGACAUGAGAAAGUUGCCUGCAACCGGGAGUUCGACCUGGAGCACAUCCACUAUGAGACCACCGGCCCUGCGCUUUGCACCGUGGUUUUCCUCCUCAUCUACUUCUUCGGCAUGGCCAGCUCCAUCUGGUGGGUCAUUUUAUCUCUGACCUGGUUCCUCGCUGCUGGGAUGAAGUGGGGCAACGAGGCCAUCGCCAGCUACUCCCAGUACUUCCACCUGGCCGCCUGGCUCAUCCCCAGUAUGAAGUCCAUCGCGGUGCUGGCGCUUAGCUCCGUGGACGGGGACUCUGUUGCUGGUAUCUGUUACGUGGGGAACCAGAACUUGGACAACUUGAGGGGCUUUGUUUUGGCCCCUUUGGUGAUAUAUUUAUUUAUAGGCACUAUGUUCCUCCUGGCUGGAUUUGUGUCUCUGUUCCGGAUCCGCAGCGUUAUUAAACAGGGGGGCACAAAGACGGACAAACUGGAGAAACUUAUGAUAAGAAUCGGCAUCUUUACGGUGCUCUACACUGUUCCAGCCACUAUCAUUGUGGCGUGUUACUUUUACGAGCAGCACAACAGGCAGAGCUGGGAGAUCACACACAACUGCUCGAACUGUCUGCUGGAGAGGGACCGCAGGAGUCCGGACUACGCCGUUUUUAUGUUGAAGUACUUCAUGUGCCUUCUGGUGGGCAUCACGUCCGGAGUGUGGAUCUGGUCCGGGAAAACUUUGGACUCGUGGAGGACUUUUUGCACGCGCUGCUGCUGGGGGAGCAAGGGCACGAGCGGCUCCAUGUAUAGUGACGUUAGUACCGGACUGACGUGGAGGUCAGGCACGGCCAGCUCCGUGUCCUGCCCCAAGCAAAUGCCAUUGUCCCAGGUUUGAAUGAGGGAGAAAGCAGCUUAUGAGGAGUGCUAAUUGUUGGGGAGAUAACCCAUCACUCCCUGUCUGAAGCAAUUUGCAUUGUAAUGAACUGCUGCUUUAUUCCCCCCAAAACUCACCUCUGCAGGGAGAGCUGGCUAAAACAAUGUACCUGGUGAUCACACACACCUCUCUGAGUAGAAGGGUUAGAGGUACUCACAAAAUCUGGGCAUUAUCUGAGACAGUCUGGCUCCUCACCAGCUCCAUACAAAGAGUUUUCAUUUAAGAGUGCCAGUUCAUUUUGUACAACUCAACAGGGGUGGAUAGAGGACUAAAACACUUCUCAAUUAAAAGUACAGCUACUUAUAUGACAUUUCACUCUAGCAGAGGAAAAACUACCAGUCUGGGAAGUCAUUAGGUACUGGAAUUAAAGUUCUUACUUGAAACACAUUUUUGUAUCCCCCUAAAUUGUGAAAAAAAAAAAAAACUCUAGAGUUAAACAUCAGAAUUGAAUUGUGAAAUGGGUUUGACCGUGCAGCUGUCCAGGGUGAAGUUAUUGAAGUUUUUUUUUUUUUUUUGCAGCAUAUUUUGUCAGGAUUACACUUUUUACAGCGUGUAUUCAAAGCUGGAUGUGCUGAUUAUCACGAACUAUAUCGAGAACUUCAAAAUGGGUGCAAAUGCAACAUUUUCAUGUUAUGUCUCGAUAAAUAUAAUUACUUCAAGCUAUUUAAUGAUGCAAUUUUAGCUUUAAAAGUGUUUAGAUAAUUUGACCAGAACUGAGACACGUCCAUUUGGUGAGUUUUUUAAAGUGUAAACAUCGCCCAAUCAGCUGGUUGUUGUUGAAAAGUUGGCCAGUGUUUAGAUGAACUUCAUUUUACUAGUAAUGCCAUUUUAAAUUGCUCAGAAAAGUGCAAGUGCACAAAAGCUACUGGAUCAGUAAAGAGAGUAAAUGUAUGUUUCUUUCCACCCCUGCAUAUCUGUCAUGUCAAAGAUGGUUUAAAUUAAGCCUUAAAAGCGCCCAACUAUUUUACGGGUCCUCACUUUUUUGUAAUUUCAAGUGUAUUUAUACAAAAAAUAUGUAAAAACCUGUACAUUUGUGUAUAAAAGAAAACUUUAUAAGCUAUACUGUAAAUUUGUACAAAGUGUAGAUGUCUCUUUUUGUGAGAAAAAGCAAAUAUGAACUUUAUUUUGACAAUAAAACAUUUGAUAAAUCUGAACUCUCUCCGGUGCAGUGUUUUCACCCUGUGCAGGGCUCAGAGUUUUGAAGAGUCCCGGCUCCAGAGAGGAAGCCCUUUUAACCAUCAGAGACCAGUAAUUAGAGGCAGGGGUUGAGUUGGAGCAUCUCCAUAAUUGUUAAAGUCCUCUUCACAUGCCUGCCGAAGCCGGCUUUCUUAAUUUAGUAAAAAGAGGGAGUGUUUGAAUGGGGGGCAUAAAUGCAGGGAACAGACCCUUUUCAUCUGCACAAACUUUGAUCUUUCUUUUCCAGCAGCCCAGAAGAAAGGUGGUGUGUAUUGGGAGUGUCUGUCUGAUGUGCCAAGGUUCCCCCUAAAUGUCCUCAUUUGGAUGCUUUGAUGGACGUCCUGCUAUUCAAAGAGCGUUUGGGAGCUCUCUUUUCUGGGUUUGUCAGAGCUGAAACCUGCCAGAGCCCCCCGCGUCUUGUGUUUGAGUUUUUUUGCUCAGUGCCUGAAUUGAAACAUCUUCUCCCUCAGCUCAAGCUGUGUCAGCGAGUGCAGGGGCUUUGACAUGAAUGAUAUUGAAAAAGCAAUGAAAGCCCCACAGGUGGUCUGUUCACAUGAUCUCACAUCUUAGGGGCCCUAAUCGAGGAGUUUUUCGUUACAAAUGUAUCUGCUUUAGUCCCAAUUAACCCAGUGAGCUGGCAGCAGGAUGAUACAGUGAAACCAGGAGUAGAAAUGUCUUUGAUUUUCUGGUCAAUGGUGACAGAGGGCUUUAUACUGACUGCUUUGUUUCAACUUUACACUCAUGCCGGAGGUUUGAACCCUGAAUCAUUCCUGUCAGUGCAAAGAAGACAUGCAUUUGUGGUUGGAGUGAAUCAGAUAAAUAAAUCCUGCAUCUGUCCCGUCAGCAGGGACGUCAAAGAGGACAGAGGUGAUUGCAAAAUGCACUUGUUUCUGACGCUUCUCCAGCUCUAACUGGUUUCAGGGCUUUUAUAAAGUUACUCAAGAACAAGUUUGGGAGUUUAAACUUUGCAGAUUUGUGCAUAAAACUGUUUGGUUCAGAUCCACACUUGUGAAUGCUUUGAUUUUUUUUUUUUUUUUUUUGUAUAUAUUGUCCCUGUUUCUUUCAGUCAUGAAGUUUGUUUUUAAGGUGUUUACCUCAAAAACCUCAGUCAGUCUGUCACCGCCUGCCUCUCAGAUAGCAGAGACAUUAGCCCACAGCCCCACCUACUGGCAAAAGCAGCACUACACACCUCAGAGUGCGGGUCGGGGUCAAGAUAGGAAUAGAAAAGAUAUUCAUGUUAAAGGACACAAGGUUAUCUAACACUCAUACUACAUGAAAGAAAAUGUGAUGGCUGCUGCUCUAAAAUACAAGUUUAAAAAGUACAGAUAUUGUUCUACUUCAGCUCUUCAGGUGUGAGCAUUUACUACUUCGAGGGAUUUGAUGGAGACUUCCUCCUUUUUUCACAUUUAGGAGAAAUAAAUGAGACAAAGAGACAAGUAUUAUUUUUUUAAUGUUCACGACAAAGUCAUAAUGACAAGGAUAAAGUAGAUUUUUGAAUAUUAGUGCCAUGUGUGGGGGAAAAAAAUAAGUUUAGAACAUUUAUGUUUGGACAUUUCCAAUUUGGAAUAUUUGGACCUGUCAAAGUGCACAAUAAAAAACACCUCCUUUUGCUCCUUCUCUUUUAAAACACUUUGUAAUUUGCAUAAACAAACACAGAGUCAGUUUGAAAAAGAAAUGAUCAGGUCUCCAGAGAAGAGCAUUACUUUAACACACAGCCUGUUUUCGUUGGUAACAUCCUACAAGUCAUAAAUCAAAAAAGUGGCUGAGUGACGAAGGGUAUAUUAAAGGUGCAGUGUGUAGUUUUUUUUAGCAGCAUUUAUCAGAAAAAAGAGGGUAGAGAUAGAGUUACAUAUUCACGCAUGUGCUUAAUAUAUAGCAUACAUUAUGGGCAAACUGAUCAGUAGCUUUCUCUCUGAGGUUACCCUUGACUCCCUCAUCUGCUGCUGAUACCUGGCCCCUGUGGCUGGAGUAGAAAAGGCUCACCUGAAGCUCCUCCCACUCUCUCUCUCUACCUGCCACCAGCACAUGCAGCACUAGCCUGGCUGGGCCAUCCAGUUGCGUGAAUCACUUGCCGUUCCAGGAACAGCAAGUGAUUCACGCAACUGGAUGGCCCAGCCAGGUUAAUGCAGCACAGCCUGAUACCUUUUUCCCUUUGUUUGACCAGAUCCUUUUGUCAUUAAUAAACAUAAUUAUUUGCAUUACUGGUCUUAACUCCUUUAUGUUGCUUCCCCCUGAACCAGGGGUGUAAACACAUAGAUUUACCUGAAUUAAAAAAUCUGAGUUUUUUUAUAUCUUCAGGAUGCCAUCUUGCACCACCAUGUUUCUGCAGUAGCACAGAAUGGAGACAGGAAAUGUUGACAUUUUUUGUAUUUAGUGAGUGGCUGCAUCCAAAUGCUUUGAUUUGAAGUAGACACUGGUUAGUGUUGUAAGCAAGGUG